UAUAUAAAUUGCUUUUGGCAAUUUUCAGUUUCGUGUGUACUAUGUUUUUGUAAUGUUUUGUUUUUAGUCACUGCGAUGACGUUUUUUUUAUUUAUUUAUUUUACUUUUCAAAAAGUAAACAAAUAAGAAUUUUUGAACAAUCGUUCACAUCGUGUUUAUGUUUUGCUACCCAAAUUCUGUAAUAAUUAUAAUAAAAUUUAUUUAAUAGUGAUGUGCUACCAUGGAACCAAAAGCCAAAGAAUUGAAUGAUUUACCAUCAGAUGUUCUGCUGUUGAUCUUCGAUCAGCUGAAUUUCCGAAGCCGACUCACCGCUUCAUUGGUUUGUCAUCAAUGGCAUCAGCUGGCAUUCACAACUAAAUUCCUUCAAAGCCUACGCCUAUCGCUCGACAUUCGCAACUUGGAUGGACUGGCGAGCUCCGCGGGAAUUCUACGAAAAUCCCAUCGACCGUACCGGAACAUGAGAAUUGUCUUCCAGGGAUGUAGGCAGCAAAGUUUGGACUCGAUUGUGCAACUGCUGAAACCGAUGGACGCAUUGCUAGACCUUGAAAUGGUAUUCUAUUUCUACUGUUUUCGAGAAAAGUUACAUGUCGUUCUGCAGGAGCUGCUAAGCACUCGCUCGUCUUUGACGACCAUGUCGUUCGAAAUACGCGGACGCCUAAUGAAUUGGGGCGGCUGGACGCACGACCCACUUCCGUACCAGUCAUCAGCCAUAAUCGAUGUCGAUGAAGAGCGUCAAAUCUUCCCGUCCCUAGUUAGUUUAACAAUCAAACGCAAUCCUGGCAUGUUCAAUCCGAGAUUUUUCGAAAUGCAGAUGUCACCUUCGUAUCUCACGUUUCAUUCCCCACCGGAGCCGCAAAUAAUGCCCAACUUGCGGCGUUUGACGAUGGCCUGUGAAACAGAACAGCAGCUGAGUUUGUUUUCCUGCUUAUCCGGCCAAUUGGAAGCAAUAUCGGUGGUAUUCUUUGACCCGCAUGGACAACAAAUCGAACCAUUCCUAGAACUCGACUUUCCUCACGCUAAAGAACUCAAACUGUGUACCAUAAGUCUACCUCAUUUCACUGCCCUGACUGGUUUUGUUCGGAAACUACGAAGAAUCGAAAUACUCCAUUUAGGAGAUGUACUAAUAGAUCAUGAUGUCAUUGAUGCUAUACUUCAAAACUGUACGGAGCUGCGAUUGCUUGAGCUGCAGAUGGAAUCAUUGAAUGCUGGGUGUUUGAAGCACAUUACUAUCCUGACAAACUUAGAGAAACUGAUCCUUGCUGGAAAGAAGUCAGUUAAAUAUGAAAAUUACGAAGACUAUUUUAGGGGGAGCUCUGGGCAGCUCCCGAACUGCAGGUCGCUGACUCUGCAAUCGUUCAGUUUCUUAUCAAACGAAUUCGUUUUCAGUCUUGCGCCACUAAUGUGCAACCUACAGGAGCUGCGACUGCGCGAAUGCAGAGGCAAGAACAACGUUAUAGGGCCGAUUUUCGAGCAUUUUCAAGGGCUCACUCGGUUGGAAUUUAUUAAAGUAACCCAUGGUGGGGCCCGACCGACCUGGCCGCCCAAGUUGGAUACCGUUAGGUUAAUUAACUGCGCUUGGAUAACGAGUGAUCAUCUGAUCAAGCUGGUAUUACGGUGUCCCAAGCUGAAACACUUGAAUAUCUACGGCUGCGGAACAUCGAAAGACAUGCUGCAGAAGAUUGCGGAAAUCGUUCCGGCCGGGUGCUUCGUGGAACGAACACAUAAUUUUACAACAGAUAAACAGACUUAACCAUGUGUUUAUUUAAGUUAGCUUUAGAUGUGAAUCAAUGUUUGUUAAUAUAAUUUUUAUAUUUCUCCGUA